AGUCAGUGUCCUUCCUUGUCCACCUACAUAAAAGCCCAAGCUGACAACUCUUAGUUGCUUCCUGUUGCAAGAUCAGACCAAGGCCCUUCGCACCCACACUGCUGCACCCUCAGUUCUGUGUGGCUUCCUUUCCUCGAUGGCCCCACCCCCUGCAGCCUCCAAUCCGGAGCCUACUGGUGGGAUGGGGAAGCUCUGGUCAGGCCACCCCUGUGCUCCCACAGCCUCCAAAUACCUCUUGCCCUUGCUGCAAAGGAUGCUGCUGGCUGCACCCUGGAGAAGAAACCGCUUCCUCAGAGGGGCUAAGUGCUGUGAGUGUGGUGCUUCCCUGUCUCAUCAGUACUAUGAGAAGGAUGGGCAGCUCUUCUGCAAGAAGGACUACUGGGCCCGCUGCGGCGAAUCCUGCCAUGGCUGCUCAGAGCACAUCACCAAGGGGCUGGUCAUGGUGGCCGGGGAGCUGAAGUACCACCCUGAGUGCUUCACCUGCCUCACGUGUGGGGCCUUCAUUGGGGACGGGGACACCUACACGCUGGUGGAGCACUCCAAGCUGUACUGUGGCCAUUGCUACUACCAGACCGUGGUGACCCCCGUCAUCGAGCAGAUCCUGCCUGACUCCCCCAGCUCCCACCUGCCCCACACGGUCACCCUCGUGUCCAUCCCGGCCUCUGCUCAUGGCAAACGCGGCCUCUCAGUCUCUAUCGAUCCCCCGCAUGGCCCACCGGGCUGCGGCACAGAGCACUCACAUACCGUCCGUGUCCAGGGAGUGGACCCAGGCUGCAUGAGCCCAGAUGUGAAGAAUUCCAUCCAUGUGGGAGACCGAAUCCUGGAAAUCAAUGGGACCCCCAUCCGGAAUGUGCCACUGGAUGAGAUCGACCUGCUGAUCCAGGAGACCAGCCGCCUGCUACAGCUGACAAUCGAGCACGACCCCCAUGACUCGCUGGGCCAGGGGCUGCUGCCCACACACACACCCCUGAGCUCCCCGGUGUGCACACCCAGCGGAGAGGCCGGCAGUGCGCGGCAGAGGCCUGUCUUGGGCCACCCCGGGCCGGUCCAGAUGGGACAGGACAGGACAGGCACCACCUCCUCUGUGGCACUGGGCACCGUGUUCCUCCCCAGGAGGAGCUGCAGCAUCGACACUUCCCCGGGGGCCAGUUCACUGGCCUCGCCAGCCUCCCAGUACAAGGACCUGGGCCGCUCUGAGUCCCUGCGUGUGGUUUGCCGGCCGCACCGCAUCUUCAGGCCCUCGGACCUCAUCCACGGGGAAGUGCUGGGCAAGGGCUGCUUCGGCCAGGCCAUCAAGGUGACACACCGGGAGACUGGCGAGGUGAUGGUGAUGAAGGAGCUGAUCCGGUUCGACGAGGAGACUCAGAGGACGUUCCUAAAGGAGGUGAAGGUCAUGCGGUGCCUGGAGCACCCCAACGUGCUCAAGUUCAUUGGUGUGCUCUACAAGGACAAGCGGCUCAACUUCAUCACGGAGUACAUCAAGGGCGGCACGCUGCGCAGCAUCAUCAAGGGCAUGGACAGCCAGUACCCUUGGAGCCAGAGGGUGAGCUUUGCCAAGGACAUCGCAUCGGGGAUGGCCUACCUCCACUCCAUGAACAUCAUCCACCGUGACCUCAACUCCCAUAACUGUCUGGUCCGUGAGAACAAGAGCGUGGUGGUAGCCGACUUCGGGCUGGCGCGACUCAUGGUGGAUGAAAAGACACAGCCUGAGGACCUGCGGAGCCGCAAGAAGCGGUACACAGUGGUGGGGAAUCCCUACUGGAUGGCGCCGGAGAUGAUCAACGGCCACAGCUAUGAUGAGAAGGUGGAUGUGUUUUCCUUCGGCAUCGUCCUGUGUGAGAUCAUUGGGCGGGUGAACGCAGACCCCGACUACCUGCCGCGCACCAUGGACUUUGGCCUUAACGUGCGUGGCUUCCUGGACCGCUACUGUCCCCCCAAUUGCCCCUCGAGCUUCUUUCCCAUCACUGUGCAUUGCUGCGACCUGGACCCUGAGAAGAGGCCGUCCUUCGUGAAGCUGGAGCAGUGGCUGGAGACCCUGCGCAUGCACCUGGCAGGCCACAUGCCUCUGGGCCCACAGCUGGAGCAGCUGGACAAGGCCUUCUGGGAGAUCUACCGACGGGGCGAGAGUGGACUCCCUGCCCACCCCGAGGUCCCCGACUGAGCCGGACCCACUGUCCCCAGCCCGAAGAGGCUGUGGCCAGGCCCUGGCUCGCCUUCUCCCCGGCCCACACCCUCACCCUCUGCCUCAGCCCCAGAGCUUUGCGUGUUCUGUCCCAUCACCCUGCCCUACCUCUGUGUCGGUGGGGCCACCCCACUCCUGCAUGAGCUGCAGGGCCUGUCCCACGCACUGCCCUGCCACCCCUUGCCCUGUACCUGUCUGCACCUGCUCCUCUGCAAAGGCCCUGAGGGGCUGGCCAUGGAGGAGGGUGUGCCUGGGUGUAGAAGGGGCAUCAUUUCCCGAAGCCCCGGCCCCUGCCAGGACGUCCAGGGCAGGGCAGGGCAGCAUUGAUGCACCCCGACCUCAAAGCAGACUUGAGGCCUGGCCCUGCAUGCUGGCUGGAAGUAUCUUGCUGUCUUGCCCUGGGUCUCUCUUGUUUUCUUUAUCAAAGCCACUUUAGUGAGAAGCAGGUACCAGGCCUCAGGUGAAGAGGGUCCCUUCAGGCAGAGGGGAGCCUGGCCGAUGGAGGAGGCGGCCCAGGCGAGGUGGGGUCAGCCAGUGUCCACCAGCAGCUCAGCUCUGCGUUCAUCUCAGUGCCCCAGGCCCUCCCGUCCUUGCACCCCUCUGUCCUCUGGGUUCUUUCUGUGUAAUCUAUUUUUUAAGAAGAGUUUGUAUUAUUUUUUCAUACGGCUGCAGCAGCUGCUGCCGGGGGCUUGGGGUUUUAUUUUUGUGGCGGGCGGGGGCGGGAGGGCCAUUUGUCACUUUGCCUCAGUUGAGCAUCUAGGAAGUAUUAAAACUGUGACGCCUUCUCAGUGCACUUUGAACCUGGGAAAUAAGCCGAAUGGGCCCAAGGGACCACGGUGGAGGGAGGCAGUUUGUGCUCACCUCCACCGGAACCUGGGUGGCUAUAGAACAGAUCAGGACUCUGAACAAUAAAAUUCUGUGCUCCCCAUGUAGGGCCUGCAUUGCAUGGUGUGUCCAGGGCCCCAAGGGAAGAACAUAGAUGACAGGAACUAGAAGCAUGGCAAGAAGACGAGAAUGAAAGUAGAUCGGACAGGGUGGUGCACUCUGGGAUCCCAGCAAUCCAGGAGGCUGAGGCAGGGGAAACGCCACAUUCAAUGCCAGCCUGGACAACAAUUUAAGACCGGUCUCAAUAUAAAAAGGAGACAGGCAUGGUGGGCAUGCCUCUUAUCUCAGCACUCAGGAGGCUAAGGCAGGAGGAUUUUAGCCAGACCCUAUCUCAAAAGUAAAA